AACUUGUAAGAUCAAAAUAUCUGGGCUCUCGACAGAACAUAUCUUUGAAAAUUUACACAAUUUUGCGGUUAACUUGUAGGAUCAAAAAAACUGAGGCCUCGAUAACAUGGCACUAAACCAGGUCGGAGGCUAUAUGGAGGUGGACAAUUUAUGGGUUUAUUAUUUUGAUGAUAAAUUCUGUCGCCGGUCUUUGGAGCAAAGUCAUUCUCCGACGAUUAGGCCAUGCGGUGAUUGCAGUCCAAUUCUAAUCUCUAGUGGACUGGUCAAACUUUCGAACCUAGGCGAUAACACAUAUGCCUGUCCUUUCUGCGCUUUUAUACUCGAACAAGUUAGAAAUAUUAGCGAAUCCCACGCGUCGGACACGUUCGUUAAGAACACAGAUUCGUUAAUAGAAUUACAUAUUACUGGAGCGUCAGGGACUAUACCUGUCUUCCGAUUAUAUCCUGGUUCCGCGUCAGGCUCGGAAAGACCUCGAACCCCCCCCACCCGUAUCCUAAAUACCUCCUCCGUUCAACCACUACACAAUUGGCUUGUCCAAUGCGAUCAGAACCAUCAAUGUAGGAAGCCCGAGAUUAUGAAUCAGCACGCCGAAUACGUACCGACCCGCCUUCUCAACGUUACUGCAUAUAGUAACCCGGAUGACCUACGUCUUGACAAUUUUACCGCACGAUCUGCGAACGAAAUACCACAAUACGUUGCUUUGUCUCAUUGCUGGGGUCAAUCGAAUCCCAAUUUGCAUCUGCCCUAUCUCACAAAGAAAGAUAACCUUGAAACUCGUCAAAAGGGAUUCAAAUUAAGCGAACUUCCAAAGACCUUCCAAGACGCUAUUACGGUCACACGCCAGCUUGGUGUACGAUACCUUUGGAUUGACUCAUUAUGUAUUAUCCAAGGUCCAGAUGGCGACUGGACAGAACAGUCCCAACUAAUGGAAAAGGUUUUCGCCUCAGCAUACUGCACGAUAGCUGCAACAUCGGCCAAAAACUCUGACGCUGGGUUUUCAAUUAAAUCUGUGGAUAACCAAAGCAUAUUUAUUCAACAAGGAUCAGGACAGCACAUCUGCGUCUCGACAAAUAUAGCAGACUUUGAGACGGAAGUUAAUAAGGCUAAUCUGAACAAACGGGCCUGGGUUAUGCAAGAGAGACUCCUUUCAUCACGAACAAUCCACUUUUGUGAAAAUCAAGUAUAUGGGGAAUGUGGGGAAGGGAUCUAUGCGGGACACAACCUCUUCUUAAAAUGCGACCGAUUCACUACGAAUUACUACAGGCUUGACCCGAAGUUUCCCGAUCGACUUAAUAGCUCGGGUUUCGCUGACACCUUAAGAUUUCUUCAGUCCUUGUUAGAGGAUUACACGCAGCGUGGUAUUUCCAAACCAACCGAUAGAGCUAUUGCUAUUUCGGGGUUACUAAAUCGUAUCGGACGCGCGUUGCGAUGCUCAAUACAUUAUGGCAUUAUUGAGUGGUACCUUCACAGAACCCUUCUUUGGAAACGAUCGUCGGGGCCGAAAACAACGAGGAUUGGUUACAAGGCCUUCAUGCCGUCAUGGUCUUGGAUGGCUUAUGAAGGGGCUAUUGAAUUUGUGCCCGAUAAAUUUGGUGGUCUGGAUCUGGAUCCGGAUCUUACGCUCAACGAGGGAGAUGUGACCGCCACUAUUUGGGAGUUCACAGACAAUGGUAUGAAGAUAGAGAAAGAUAGGGAUGAUGUGCGAUACCAGCUUGUAGAUUUGCAGGGGAUGAAGAAAGGAUGGAUAAGUUUUGACGAGACUGACCUUCCAAAGGUACAGUACAUGGUUGUCGUUGCGAAGCGUCGGUGGGUCCAAAUGGAUAACUGUCUGUAUUUUGUUUUGUUUGUCAGGCCUUUGGAAAAUCAGGAUGGAUAUGAACGACUCGGGAUGGGGAUGCUUCAAAAAGACUGUGGUUUAAGGAUGAAGGCGAAAGGCCGCGUACUCUGAUAGUUUCAGUUUGUUUGUUUUGCACUGCUGUCAUCUUCAUACAAUACUGUCAUUAUCACUAUGCUAUAGGUGCCAUCGCUGCCUGGACAGUACAUACGUUUAAGGUCCAAUCCGUAAUAACUGCAUAUAACAGCAACUCGCAUAGUGUAGGCACCGUAAAUGGCUUAAAGGAUCUGUG